AUGGAGGAAGUAAAGGUAGUCAUUGUUGGAGCAGGUCCUUCAGGCCUCGCUACCUCUGCAUGUUUAAACCGUCUAUCUAUUCCAAACCUAGUUUUGGAAAAAGAAGAUUGUUCGUGCUCUUUGUGGAAGAAGCGGAGCUAUGAUCGGCUUCAUUUGCAUUUGGCUAAACAGUUUUGUAGCCUUCCUUUCUGCGAGCACUCGGCCAAGACUCCCGUUUUCAUGUCCAAAAGUGACUUCAUUAGGUACGCAGAUGACUAUGUUUUGCGGUUUAAUAUAAACCCUCGUUACUGUCAUUCUGUUGAAUCGGCUAAUUAUGACGAAGGCAAAAAUAGAUGGCUGGUUGAAGUGAAAAAUACCAUCUCUGGGGAGAUGAAGUUAUGCGUUUCCGAGUUUUUAGUUGUUUCUUGUGGUGAGAACAGUGAAGGUUUUAUCCCCAUGUUGCCUGGUCUGGAUAACUUUAAUGGAGAAGUUGUUCAUUCCAAUGAGUAUAAGUCAGGUUUAAGGUAUCAAGGUAAAAAGGUUUUGGUUGUUGGAUGUGGAAACUCCGGCAUGGAGAUAGCUUAUGACCUAUCAAAUUUCGGAGCCCACACUUCAAUUGUGGUUAGAAACCAGUUUCAUGUUGUGACCAAGGAAAUGGUAUUGAUCGGGCAGUUGUUGUUGCAAUAUGUAUCGGUUUCUGAGAUAGACAAUUUAAUCACAGUGCUUGCUGAGCAUAAGUAUGGGAAUUUGUCCAAGUAUGGGAUUCAUCGACCAGCAGAAGGCCCAUUCUAUCUUAAAGACACAACUGGAAGAUCUCCGGUUCUCGAUGUCGGAACUAUUGAGAAAAUUCGUUCUAGAGCGAUAAAGGUUGUUCCGGCAAUAUCAUGCAUCAAAGAGGAAGUUGUGGCGUUCGAGAAUGGUGACCAACAACACAUUGACGUGAUAGUGUUUGCAACUGGAUACAAAAGCACGGCCAGUAAUUGGCUUAAGGACUAUGGCUAUGUUCUUGAUAAUAAUGGAAUGCCAAAAAACAAUUUCCCGGCUCACUGGAAAGGUGUGAAUGGCUCAUACUGUGCUGGUUUAUCAAGAAUGGGAUUGUUCGGUGUGGCCUCGGAUGCGAUUGCUAUUGCCAAUGACAUUGAAAAGGCUAUAAGUGGCGUCUGA